UUUAGGCAGACUUCCCAAAGAAACUAGAGCGACUGCUCUCCUCAGUCAGUCUCGUGCUUCACUUCUGAAGAAACGGUUUGCGUACACACGCGAAGAACCCACCGGUUUUACCGUAAACGUUUUUUUAAUAACGGAUAAAGUUGACGGAAGUGGAACGGCGCGCUAAUGACCGUGCGGUGGUGUAUAAGGGGUUUACCACCCCGCGCUAGUUGGUUUAACGGACUUUUUGUUGGAUUAGUUUUGUUUGUUCACAAUUCAUAUGCAGAAACAGCAGGCAGUUGCAAAUAUCCAGGAUCACCUGCCCACUCCACAGUAGAAUUUUCAGAUGAAUCACUCGGUCCCAGUACGAUAGCAACGUACACAUGCGAAAGGGGAUUCGAGCUCCUGGGACCCCACAGGAGAAUCUGCGAGAAUGGCGUCUGGUUACCCGAAGGAAUUCCUUUUUGCGUUCUCAAUGUUGCUGCCGGAAAAGCUCCAAUGCAAGUCUCCACAGAAGGCGGCGGAAUUCCCCAAAAAGCAAUCGACGGUAGCACGAGCGCUUUUUUCAACGAGGACACCUGCACCCUCACGAAACCUGAAAAAACCCCCUGGUGGUACGUGAACCUGCUCGAACCUUACAUGGUGCAACUCGUGAGACUCGAUUUCGGUAAACCGUGUUGUGGGGUCAACAAGCCAGCAACUAUAGUAGUUCGAGUAGGAAACAACCGACCGGACUUAGGCACCAACCCAAUUUGCAAUAGAUUUACUGGAUUCUUAGAGGAAGGACAGCCCCUGUUCCUGCCUUGUAACCCUCCCAUGCCUGGAGCAUUCGUCAGUGUUCACUUGGAAGUACCUACUGCCAAUCAACUCUCGAUUUGUGAGGCGUUCGUUUAUACUGAUCAGGCAUUACCCAUUGAAAGAUGUCCCCAGUUCAGAGAUCAACCUCCGGGUAGUACUGCAACUUAUAAUGGGAAAUGUUAUGUGUUCUACAAUAGAAAUCCAAUGAAAUUUAGGGAUGCUUUACAAUUUUGUCGUAGCAGGGGUGGCACCCUUGUAGACGAGAGUAAUCCAGCGUUACAAGGAUUUAUUAGUUGGGAAUUAUGGAGAAGACAUAGAAGCGACUCACAGGGCCAAUACUGGAUGGGAGUUGUUAGAGAUCAACAAGUUGGUGGCUGGCAAUGGCUAAAAGGGGAUGAAGUGACAGUGUCUUUCUGGAAUUUACCUGUGGGUACAGGAAACUGUGCCAGAUACGAUGGCAGCAAAGGAUGGCUUUGGUCGGAUACAGACUGUAAUAGAAGGCUAAAUUAUAUUUGCCAACAUCAACCUAAAGCUUGUGGCCGUCCAGAACAACCGCCAAACUCAACAAUGUUGGCGCCCAACUUCGAUGUGGGAUCAGUGGUAGAAUAUUCAUGUGACGAAGGUCACCUUCUGGUAGGACCCACCAUGAGAACUUGCCUUGAAACUGGAUUUUACAAUGAGUUUCCACCAGUUUGCAAACGUAUCCAAUGCGGCUAUCCAGCUGAUAUACCUAAUGGAGAAUACUCUUUAGUUAAUGAUUCAGUUGGAUACUUAAGCAGGGUGGUUUAUAGCUGCUUUGAGGGUUACGAGAUGAUUGGCAGGGCGCAAUUGGCCUGCGAUAUUGACGAGCGUUGGAACGGACCACCACCACGUUGUGAACCUGUCCAGUGUGAGCCUCCUCCAGAAGUACCAAAUGCCAUCAUGGAGCUGGUCAGCAAUGAAACUGUAUUUGGUACAGAAGUCGAUUAUAUGUGCGAAAAGGGGUACAUCCUGGUGGGGCCAGCGAAAAUUACUUGCAUGGCUAAUGGACAGUAUGACUCCUUACCCCCAACUUGCCAAGUUGACCCUAACCUAACUUCAACGACACAACAAACAACUGAGGCGCCGACCAACAGGCCACCAAUAUCAACAACUAUUCUUACGUCAACAACUUCUACUACGGCAACCUCUACAACGAAAUCCAGAAGCCGAACACCAAGACCUCCACCAACAACGAUAAGGGCCAGCAAUGAUAUCACUAAGAUUACUACAAGAACCAGAAAACCUCAAAACCAGCAGCCUGGAAAGUCGAUAUCUACCAUGAUUACUGGCUCCAAAAAACCUGCGAUUAUCAUUACUGGACAUCCUCAGGAUAACGAAAUUGCCGGAUCUUCUAAUAACAUACAACACGGAGAAGGACCAAACGUGAACGUACCUCUCUCAGUAGACGAGGAACGAAGAGAACCAUUUGGAGCGAGACUGAACGUUGGCGCCAUAAUAGCUCUAGGCGCUUUUGGUGCAUUCAUAUUCUUGGCAGCGAUAAUCACAACCGUUGUGAUACUAGUAAGAAGAAAUCAAAGUGCCAAACACUAUCGUCAUCGAGCCUCACCCGAUUGUAACACGGUCGCCUCAUUCGACUCAUCCAGUUCCGAGUCGAGACACGGAGGCCUCAAUCGGUACUACCGUCAGGCGUGGGAGAACCUCCACGAGUCGGCGGGAUCAAAGUCCGGCCUAAAGCCCGGCCAACACAGUAACGGCAGUCACUCGCCACUACGCAGAAAAGAAACGAUGGACGAGCCCUACCGAGCGCGAGAUGAACGACAUCGCGACAGUUCGGAAAUGGUCGUGGGUGCCGAAAAGAAACGACAUCAUCACCACCAUCAUCACCAUAGUAAUAGGCCGCCCCCUACCGGGGGACAUAAGAGGUACUGACAUCCGUCUAUGAUGGUUAUACGGGUGCGGAUCGAAGGGUAAGGGGUUAGGGAUUUAAGUUAAGAUAUUAUUUAUCGAAAUUAAUUAUGUCUGAGGAUUUGAUCAUUGUAUUGAUAUUGUCGCUGAUUAAUGCGAUUAUCAAAUUUUAUAUUUUUGUGCAAGCUUAUUGUGUCUUGUAGCUGAUAUGUUUAAUACCAUCAAGUUUUAUGACAAAAAUAUGCGGUGCCAUUGUAAAAAGGCAACUAACUGAAGUAUUAAUAAUUUAAUUAAAUUAUCUUCUGGUGCUUAAAGUUUGCAAAUUAAAAUCAUUUUAUAUAAAAAUUGCUGUUAGGGCAAUCUAGUACAAAAAACAUCAGUCAUUAGUUUUCCUUUUAGUGGCUUCUCAUUUGCAAUACUUUAAAAGCUUGCAUUAUUAAGUUAGGUAGUGUGAGCAACCUCUAGUUGUUGUGCAUUAAAAUACCAGUAAGAUGUUGCACGGUUGGAAGCCAGUUUAAAGAGUUAACUUACAGUUAAGGCAAUCUUGCUUAAAUUUUAAACAAGUCGCUAAAAUCAGAAUCGACUGUGUUAUAAGUAUUUAAAAGAGCAGGAUGAUAGUAAAUAAGUUGGUAAAUUAAUUAAUAUCAACUAUAUUAAUUAAUUAUAGUUCAUUAUCAUAAGACUCUUUUCAAUUUAUUUCCAACUUUUGUGCAAUUUUGCCUAAAUGCACUUGAAUUUAAUAAGACUUUAAAUAGUCUUACAAUUUUUAAAAGAAAACUUGAUUAUUAGAGAAAUUAUACAUAACGAUAAGUGCGCGUAGUUUAGUUUAAAGCAAUUUACAAAAACUAGUGAUAAUAAUUAAGUAUAACUAGUAAAAAGAUAUAAAUCUUAAGUUAAAUAUAAUAUACCGUUAAGCAUUAAAAUAAGAGUGAUAUGCAU